AUGGAAAGAGGCCGGGAUGCCAAACCCCUAACCAAGCAAAAUGAUGAGCCUGAGGAUAACCCUACUGCAUUUAGUGCACAAGAGGCCGCCGAUAUGAAAAAGAUGAUUGAGCGGGUCCUACAACAGAAUAAGUUAUUACCUACUUCUGAGGAACAAUCUAGAGGAAAGCUACCAUUCGUGGCUGGAGUAAUGGAGAAACCUUUGCCGAGGAAGUUCAAGAUGCCUCAAAUAAAUCCUUAUUCAGGAAAGGACGACCCUUACGAUCACGUGCAAAACUAUGAAUCUUUAAUGAUGCUUCAUGGAUGGGACGACGCGAUAAUGUGCAGGGCAUUUCCUUUAACCCUAACUGGGCAUGCUCGAGCCUGGUUUAACGGCUUACCCGAGGCAUCUAUCUCUUCAUUCGGGCAGCUAAAAACAGAAUUUAUCAAAGCAUUCAUUAUUAACAGUCAGAGAAAGAAAGAUGCGACAUAUCUGCUUAGCAUUCGACAAGGGAAUAAAGAAACCCUAUGCCACUACGUAGACAGAUUUCAGAACGCCACACUUGAGAUCUGUAAUUUACCGAUUGAAAUAGCAGUGUCUGCUAUGUUUCAAGGGACACGACUAACCCCUUUGCAAGAAUCAUUGUCUUUAGACCCUUCGAAAUCUCUGGCAGACCUGUUUGUCAGGGCUAAUAAGUACAUACUCCAUACGGAGAUGAUGAGAACGAUAGGGGGAAACGAAGAUGGGGAGUGGAAAAGAAAGGAGCGAGAUAUUGAAGAAGACUUUAAUCGGCGACAAGAGAGAACCCGAAGACUGGAUGAUGUCAGGCCUCAGCUCAAUCACUAUACCCGGCUCACCCAACCUCGGUCUGCCAUAUUGGCAGCCAUAAAAGGAUAA